AGUGGUCACUUGUGUUUUGGUGUCGGCGAGGCGAGGCACGUGGCUCGGCAGUUCUCCGGGGACUCAAUAUUUAAGCUUCCUAUUAGUUUAACGUCAGUCUAUUCUACUAUCUAAGGUUCUUCUUCCAUCAGCUAUUACAUCAAGGCACAAUGGUUCUCAAAAAAAAGAAGACAAAGCGGAUGACUCUGAAGCUGAAGUACAAGAUCCAGAAGAAGGUCAAGGAACACCACAAGAAAUUAAAAAAAGAGAAGAAAAAACACCCAGAAAAAUUCAGAAAGAACACUAAAGAUCCUGGCGUGCCAAAGACUCUGCCAUUCUAUGACAAGGUGAUCCAGGAGGCGGAGGCGGCCAAGCAGGCACAGGAGCGGCGGCGCGAGGAGGCCAAGCAGCGCCGCAAGGAGCAGAGAGAACAACUGCUGGCCAAGAAGAGAGACAUUGGGAACAUCAAUGAGCUAGUGAGUACUGCUGAGGAGCGUGGAGCCAAAUUUGAGGCCAAGCAGGCAGCAGCAACAGGGGAUGACUUGCUCAGCGACAGAUCAGCCAAGGCAUAUUACAAGGAGUUCAAGAAGGUGGUGGAGGCUGCAGAUGUCGUCCUGGAGGUGCUGGAUGCCCGUGACCCUGCCGGCUCCAGGGUGCAGCAGCUGGAGGCCGCCAUCCACAGCCAGCCAGGGAAGAAGCUGGUGCUGGUGCUGAACAAGGCUGACCUGGUGCCCCGUGCUAACUUGGAAGCCUGGCUGAAGCACCUUCGUCGGGAACACCCAACCAUUGCCUUUAAGUCCAGCACUCAGAUACAAAACUCUCAUCUUGCACAGACCACCACCAAAAUCUUCAAAUGCUCCACUGAUCUACUGCAGUCGUCACGUUGCCUGGGAGCAGAUGUGUUGCUGCAGCUGCUGAAGAAUUACUGUCGCAACAAGGACAUCAAGACAGCCAUCACGGUGGGAGUCGUGGGUCUCCCCAAUGUGGGCAAGAGCAGCCUCAUCAACAGUCUGAAGCGCAGCAAGUCUUGUGGGGUCGGUGCCACUCCAGGGUUCACCAAGUCCAUGCAAGAGGUUCAUCUCGACUCCAAGAUCAAAUUACUGGAUUGCCCAGGCAUUGUGCUUCCUGGAGGAGACUCGUCUGAUGCCGCAGCAGCUCUUAGGAAUGCCGUCAAGAUAGAAAACUUGGACGAUCCCAUCACACCUGUUGAGGCCAUCCUGCAACGGGCUGACAAAAAACAGCUCAUGAUCUACUACCAGCUGCCUUCCUUCAAGACCACUGAACAGUUCCUGGCAGUGCUUGCCAAGCGACUAGGAAAGCUGAAGAAGAAAGGCAUUCCUAACAAAGAUACUGCUGCUCGUAAAGUCCUUUACGAUUGGAACAUGGGCCUUAUCAAGUACUACACACAGCCUCCUGUUGCUGCCCAGCCAGAGGUUGCCUCAGCAUUAGUCUCUGAAUUGAGUAAAGAGUUCGACCUUGACAGCCUGGCAUCAGAGGAGGGAUCCAUGAUGAAGGCUCUGCCAUCAUACAGACCCUCACAGACCAUGGUGGUGGAGUCACUGGGACCUGUUACGGAGGUUAGAGACAAAGAAAGAAGAGAAAAUGAUGACAGUUCAGAGGAGAUGGAUGAUGACAGUGAGGAAGAGGAGGAAGAACAGCUGUUGUCUAAGGAGGUCUGUGUCAGCAUGGACAGUGGGCCUGACAGCAAGAUAGAGGAUGCCACGGCAGAGAAGAAGGAACGCUGGGAGACAGAGCUACAAGAAUUUGACCCAGCAUCGAUGUCUCUGAAAAGGUUCCAGAAGAAAAUGCAAAAGAAAGCACGGAAGGAGAACAACCGCAACAAGAAGCGUACAGACGAACUCACAACGGCACUGGAAAAUUUCUCGGGGCUAAAGGAAACUUCUGAAGAUUAUGAUUUCAAUGAUUAUUUUGGCAAAUAGUGUAAAUUUUAUAGAAAUAAACUAAGUAUGAUACCA